AUGACACAUUUUAUAUCCUGCUGCGUCGGUUGGUUUCGUUGCAUAUUUGUUGCCACCGUGAAAAAAAAUAGAGAGAGAACGGCGAAAAGAAAUAUUUUUUUUUCGAGGAAUUUUUUUUUUUUUCUGGUCCAAAACUUUCAACUAACUUGAGCGGGAAUUGUCAAUAACCUUAGUUUUCGAACGACUCUUUCGUCUUUCAGCUACUCACGAUGCGAGUUCGACAUCCGCCUGAACGACCACGAGGCGACGGAGAUCAAGACCGACUCGAAGUUCGACGAGUUCUCCUCGGCGUUCAGUGACCCGAACCUCGGAGAUCCGGCCAGCCCAGUCGUCAUCCAGCGCACUUCGCAGCACGAGUUCAACCCGUUCGGCUCGACCUUCUGCUACGGGAUUCGUCAGCUCGUCGUUGAGGUUUGAAGCCUCUGGAGCUAUGAAAAAAGCUGUGAGAAAUAAGAGAAAGUUAGAAUGAAAACCAAAAGUCGGGAGAAAAAAGGGCGUGGAGAAAUUAAAUUUUUUCAAAGUUUUAGCGAAUAUCGUCGUUGAGAUAUCAAGCUCCAGGCCAAGGUAAUCUGGCCUCCUUUUGUUACAGUCCAAACAAAACCUGAUGAGAGGAGAAGAGCAAACUUUCGUUUUAUGAAAAGUAUUGUAUUUUCUGAAGAGUACGCCUCGGCUUUUCGUGACGCGUUUCAAAAGUUUUCACCUUCUCUGAGGUGAAAUUCUUAGAAAUUAAACUUUAUCCUUCCAGGUUAUGGAGAACGGCCACAUUGCUGCUCUGACCAUCUAUGACGAUAAAAUGUAA